UGCAGGAGGCGCUCCGGCUCCUCCCUGCCGUGGCCGCGCCGUGGAGGGCGGACUCCGCCACGCCGUCGGCGGCGCCGGAGGCUCUGCUUCAGCGGCUGCUGCAGCUGGCGCGCGAGCAGUCCGCGCUGCCCGCGCUUCUGGUGAGGCUGCAGGGCUGCGGGCUCGUCACGGUCCGCACGGUGGAGAUCCUCCUGGCCGGCUGCGUGCAGAGCGGCACCCCCGCGGAGGCCCGGCAGGUCAUGGCGUCGGCGGCCGCGUGCGGCCUGGAGCACACGGACGCCAUGCGUUGCCAUUUUGUGCGGAGCCUCGGGUCGGAGCGGCGUCUCAAGGAGGCCACGGAGGUCUUCGAGGCCAGCCCGGAGCGGUCGACGUGCCUCCGGAACACGCUGCUCGACAUCCAGAAGAGUGUGGGGACCUGAGGGCCGCCGAGAAGGUCAUGGCGGAGGCGAAGGCCGUCGGCGGGGCCGACGUCGUCACGCACAACACGAUGAUCAAGGCGUACCUCAGCAGCGGCGACACGCGGCGCGCGCGCGCGGCCGUCGGGGCCAUGCGGGCGGACGGGCUCGCGCCGAACUGCGUGACCUUCAACGAGCUCAUCGACGCGUCGGUCAAGGCGUGCGGCGAGGACACCUGGGAGCUGAUCGAGGAGAUGCGCGCGUGCGGGCUGGAACCGAACCAGGUCACGUGCUCCAUCCUCCUGAAGAGCAUCCAGCGCUCGUCCAGGGCCUUCGACGUGGAGCGGACGCUCGCGAUCCUUGACGCCACGAGCGAGGGCAUGGACGAGGUGCUGCUCUCGUCGGUCUGCGAGGCGUGCAUCCGCUCCAACCGCGCCGACCUGCUGGCCAGCCAGCUGCGGAGGCAGCGCGCGCAGCGGCAAGUGCUGCUCCGCGGCGCCCACACGUUCGGCAGCGUCAUUCGCGCAUACGGCUUCGUCGGGGACCUCCAGGGCGUGUGGGACACGUGGAACGACAUGCGUGCGCGCGGCAUCCUGCCGACGAGCAUCACCAUGGGGUGUAUGGUCGAGGCGCUCGUCGUAAACGACGGCCCCGACGCGGGGUACGCCCUCAUCCGCAAGGCCCUCGCGGACGCUCAGAUGCGCCCGCUGGUCAACGUCAUCAUCUACAACUCCGUGCUGAAGGGCUUCGCGCAGAAGAAGCAGUUCGAGCAGGUGUGGAACGUGCACCGCGAGAUGCUUGAGGAGGGGCUGCAGCUCACCGUCACCACCUACAACACUCUGGUCGACGCGUGCGCCAGGAGCCGCGACAUGGCGCGCAUCCCGGCGCUGCUGGCGGAGAUGCAGAAGCUGAAGGUCGAGCCUAACGUCAUCACCUACAGCACGAUCCUGAAGGGCUACUGCCAGGAGAACCGCCUGGACAAGGCCUUCCAGCUGCUGGAUGAGAUGAAGGGCACCAAGGACUUCCGCCCGGACGAGAUCACCUAUAACACGCUUUUAGACGGCUGCGCGCGCUACGGCCUGUUCGAGCGCGGCAUGGAUCUGUUGCGCGACAUGGAGGACG